AUGGCCGAUUUUUCGUUUCUUUCGGAUAGCGACGAUGAAAAGGCGGUGGAGGAGCUUCUGUCUCAGGCGAUGGAUCAGUCUGUUCUCGAGCAGGUCGCCGCCAUAAACUGCUCCGGCUUUACCCACUCCGACCUCCCCGAUCACCUCGAAGCUCGCUUUCGAAAGCUCAAAACUUUCCCUGCCACAAAACCCAACCCCUCAAACCUCGCCGCCGCUUCUAAAAGCUUCAAUCAUUCUCAGCUCGUUGAACCCCAGAGGAAAGAAGAUCGAGCCGAGGAGAAUCCGGACUCGGCUGUUGAUUCACCCCCACCAAAAUUGGGGACUGAGAAUCAUGAUUUCUCUGCUUCCAAGAAAAACCCAGAUAGAAAAAUGGAUUCAGAGCCCAAAUCCGGGUCUGGGUCAUCUUCAUUUUCUCUGGGUUCUCCCGAUUUUUCAACGGAGCCCCCGUCCCCGCCGGCGAAAAUUGGCUGCAUAUGGUGCUCCCCCAAGAAGGUCUCGAAGAAGAAGGGGAAAGAGAACAGGGCCACUAUCGGUAAAGGAUUCGAUUGGGGGAAGAGCGAUGCUGAAUUUCUAUCGGAUUUGAGCACCUUUUCCAAGAAGAAUCAGGAGAAAAUGCUGAAGAAAGCCAUGAAGGAAGAGGAGAAGAUCAACAUGGAGGCUGAGAAGAUUGUCCAGUGGGCAAAACAGGCCUCUGCUAGGAUCGAUUUUGCUGGCCUUGAUGAUGAACUCAGUGACAAUGAAGCUCAUGGACGAUGA